AUGGCUUUAGUUAAUCGAAUAAUGAGGGUCAAUCGAACUACAACAGCAUUUUUACUUUGUGACAUUCAAGAAAGGUUUGGCUCUCAUAUUUAUCAAUUUCCAAGUCUUGUCACUACUGCAAAGAAAAUGCAUCCAAAAGUUAAAGAUCUUGAUAUUAAGAAUGCAAAAGUUGUAGCAGAAAAAACCAAAUUUUCAAUGUUUGUUCCAGAAAUUGAAAAUGCUCUAAAAAAUCAUAAUAUCAAAUCUAUUGUACUUUUUGGAAUUGAGGCACACGUUUGUAUUUUACAAACAGCUUUAGAUCUAAUCGAGAAUAAUUAUGAUAUUCAUGUUCUAGCUGAUGGUGUAUCAUCAAUGAAUUAUCCAGAGAUUGAGAUUGCUUUAAAUCGUAUACGACAGGCUGGUGGAUCAGUUACAUCUUCAGAAUCAAUAUUAUUUCAAUUACUUAAUGAUUCAUCUGAUCAAAAGUUCAAACAAAUUUCUUCAUUAGUAAAAGAAUACAAGAAAGAAACUUCUGAAAAUAAAUUAAUGUUUAAAUCGAAUUUAUAA